AUGUAUAUUCUAGUUAUUAUACCAUUGUUUCUUAACUUGUAUCAUGUUAGAACUUGGAAUGUAUACGGAUAUAUGGAAUCUCAGAUACCAGAGCAAAUACAUAUUGCUUUAGGAGAGCAACCAUCCACCAUAAGUAUUACUUGGGUUACACAAGAAAAUACAGAGAGUUCAACUGUACUCUAUGGUACUAUGCUGUUAAAUAUGAAAAGUACUGGCUACGUUAAACAGUUUAUUGAUGGAGGACGUGAACAACGCAAAAUGUAUAUACAUCGAGUGAUCCUAUCCGAUUUAAUUGCUAAUACAACUUAUUAUUAUAAAUGUGGUAGUUCAGAUGGUUGUCAGAUGUUUUGA